AUGGGCUGUACACAGUCGACCGCGAAGGAGGCGACGGGCGCGGCGGCGGCUGCGACGCCUGGAGAGCACAGUUCGGGGGGCAAGGAGGAGUGCGGCGGCGGCCAAGUCGCUCAGGGCGUCGCAGUGUCGCCCAGCGGCGCAGGGCCUUUGAAAAAGGGAAACUCCGCGGUUCCGACUCGAGCGGGCGAAGACGCUGGAGUGACACCGGAUGAGUCUGCUGGGCCUGACACAGUCGGCACCAGCUACAUCCCGCCGCCUGGGGGACGGUCGGGGCAUUCGAUGGCGGGAGGCCCCCCGACGAACCUCGCCGAAGUGCCUGGCGAACCGACCGAAGACGGCAGACUCGUCCGCCCUGCAGUGACUCUCAAGAGCGGCGCCGUCUACGUGGGCCAGUGGAAGGAUAUGCAACGCGACGGCCACGGCAAGCUCGUUUGGCCUGAGGGGGAGACUUACGAAGGGUCGUUCAAACUGAACGAGUGCGACGGCGAGGGCGUGUGGACAGACGGGAAGGGCAACACGUUUGAAGGCCAGUGGAGGAAAAAUCGCAUCAACGGCGCGGGGAAGUUCACCCAUGCCGACGGCUCAGUUUACGAGGGGCAGUGGAAGGACGACGUCAAGAACGGCGAGGGAAAGGAGACCUGGGGAGACGGCACAGUUUUCGAGGGCGAGUUUGUGAAUGGAGACAAGCAGGGCAGGGGCAAGAUCACUUUCCCCGAUGGAUCAAAUUAUGAGGGCACCUUCGCAAACGACGUCUUCGAAGGCAAGGGAGUCUACCGCUGGGCGAACGGCCGCAUGUACGAGGGCGAGUGGCACAACGGCUACAUGCAUGGCAAGGGGCUCUACACGUGGCCCAAGGGUCAGUUUUCAAAGUACGAGGGUUCCUACUUUGUGGGGCUGAAAGAGGGCCCCGGGAAGCUCUACAUGCGCGACGGGCGGAUCUACGUGGCGAUCUUUGAGAAGAACAAAAUGGAGGGCGACGUGGUCGAGAUCUCCCCCAGCGGGAAAAAGCGCAAAGGCAUCUGGAAGAACGGCAAAAAUGUGCAGUGGGUCGAGGGACACCAGAACGUGGAGCUCGUCGUGGACGACGAGGCGGACGAAAAGGAAGCAGAGUACCAAACGAGCGCGUUCUCCAACCCCCGCCAAUACCACCAGCUCUACGAGGGGAAGAAGAAGCAGCGUAUGCAGAUCGAGGGCGGAGUUUUGCACGCGAGAUCGGGCGUGCGAACUUUUCACGCGCCGUCUCCGCCGCCCAAUCAAACUGGAAAGGAAGGUGAUGCGGCCGAAGACGCCGAAAAGGCUGAAGACGACGACGAAGCAAAAAGCUGA